CGGAGAUAACGGUAUAAAAGUCCAACUCGCAGCCUUCUCCAAAGCUUUGGACUGAUAGGCUGCCAACCAAGUAUCUACACCACACAGCAGCUGUAUCACUGUGCAAGAAAAAGCGACGCCAUGUCUGGGGACCCGGAAAUGGAGUGUUUUGGUCCGGCGGCGGUUUUCCUCCGAAAGCCAGAAAGAGAGAGACUUGAGGCUCAAAACACUCCUUUCGACGCCAAGACCGCGUACUUUGUGUCUGAGGCCACAGAGAUGUAUGUAAAAGGAAAACUAGCGAAGAAGGAGGGCGGAAAAGCCUCUGUUGAAGUCAAGGGUGGCAAGACUCUGACUGUCAAAGAUGAUGAAAUAUUCCCCAUGAAUCCACCAAAGUUUGACAAGAUUGAAGACAUGGCCAUGAUGACCCACCUCAGCGAGCCCGCUGUGCUGUAUAACCUCAAAGAGCGCUACGCAGCAUGGAUGAUCUACACCUACUCUGGGUUGUUUUGCGUCACUGUGAACCCUUACAAGUGGCUCCCAGUGUACGACGCAAAGGUUGUAUCGGGAUAUAGAGGCAAAAAGAGGAUUGAGGCACCACCCCACAUAUUCUCCAUCUCUGACAACGCCUAUCAGUUCAUGCUCCAAGAUCGUGAGAACCAGUCCAUCCUGAUUACCGGAGAAUCCGGAGCAGGAAAGACUGUGAACACCAAACGUGUCAUCCAGUACUUUGCGACAAUCGCAGUGGCUGGAGGAAAGAAAGCAGAACAAUCUGCCAGCAAAAUGAAGGGAUCGCUGGAGGAUCAAAUCAUUGCAGCCAAUCCCCUAUUGGAGUCUUAUGGUAAUGCCAAGACCGUGAGGAAUGACAACUCCUCCCGCUUUGGUAAAUUCAUCAGAAUCCAUUUUGGCACGACGGGAAAGCUGGCUUCAGCAGAUAUUGAAACUUAUCUGCUGGAGAAGUCACGUGUGACCUUCCAGCUCUCUGCUGAGAGGAGCUACCACAUCUUUUAUCAGCUUGCGACAGGCCACAAGCCUGAGUUGUUAGAGGCUCUACUCAUCACCACCAAUCCUUAUGACUAUCCCAUGAUUAGUCAGGGAGAAAUUGUUGUCAAGAGCAUCAAUGAUGUUGAGGAGUUCAUCGCCACUGAUAGUGCCAUUGACAUAUUGGGCUUUACUGCAGAAGAAAAGCUGGGCAUUUACAAGUUAACUGGAGCCGUGAUGCAUCAUGGCAACAUGAAGUUCAAGCAGAAACAAAGAGAAGAACAAGCUGAGCCUGAUGGCACUGAGGUGGCUGAUAAAAUUGCCUACCUCAUGGGCCUCAACUCAGCCGAUAUGCUUAAGGCUAUGUGUUAUCCAAGAGUCAAGGUGGGCAAUGAAAUGGUGGUUAAAGGUCAAACUGUUUCCCAGGUUCACAACGCUGUCAUGGCCCUCACCAAAUCCGUCUAUGAAAAAAUGUUCUUCUGGAUGGUCGUCCGAAUUAAUGAGAUGUUGGACACCAAACAGCCUAGAAACCACUUUAUUGGUGUGCUGGAUAUUGCUGGAUUUGAGAUUUUUGAUUUCAACAGCUUGGAGCAGCUCUGCAUCAACUUCACCAAUGAGAAACUGCAACAGUUUUUCAACCACCACAUGUUUGUCCUGGAGCAAGAAGAGUACAAGAAAGAAGGAAUUGAAUGGGAGUUCAUUGACUUCGGCAUGGACUUGGCUGCCUGCAUUGAGCUUAUUGAGAAGCCAAUGGGCAUCUUCUCCAUCCUUGAAGAGGAGUGUAUGUUCCCCAAAGCGACGGACAUAACCUUCAAGAACAAACUGUAUGACCAACAUAUUGGCAAAAGUGCCCCCUUCCAGAAGCCAAAGCCAGCCAAAGGCAAAGCUGAGGCUCACUUUGCCCUUGUACACUACGCUGGAACCGUUGACUACAAUGUCAAUGGCUGGCUGGACAAGAACAAGGACCCCCUGAAUGACUCAGUUGUGCAGCUCUACCAGAAGUCCUCAGUCAAGCUGCUGGCCUUGCUGUUUGUAUCUCAUUCAUCUGGAGAUGAUCCAAAAGCAAAGAAAGGUGGCAAAAAGAAGGGUGGUUCAUUCCAGACUGUGUCAGCUCUCUUUAGGGAAAACCUGGGAAAGCUGAUGACCAACCUUAGGAGCACCCACCCACAUUUUGUGCGCUGUUUGAUUCCAAAUGAGACAAAAACGCCAGGUCUGAUGGAGAACCACCUGGUCAUCCACCAACUGCGUUGUAACGGUGUGCUGGAAGGCAUCAGGAUCUGCAGGAAAGGUUUCCCCAGCAGAAUCCUCUAUGCUGACUUCAAGCAAAGAUACAAAGUAUUGAACGCUAGCGUCAUUCCAGAGGGGCACUUCAUUGACAAUAAAAAGGCUUCAGAGAAACUCUUGAGCUCAAUUGAUGUUGACCAGAGUCAGUACAAGUUUGGACACACAAAGGUGUUCUUCAAAGCUGGACUUCUUGGUACACUGGAGGAGAUGAGAGAUGAGAAACUGGUUGAAUUGGUGACUAUGACUCAGGCUCUCUGCAGAGGUUACGUCAUGAGGAAGGAGUUUGUCAAAAUGAUGGAGAGGAGGGAGGCCAUUUACUCCAUCCAAUACAACAUACGCUCAUUCAUGAAUGUCAAAACAUGGCCAUGGAUGAAACUGUACUUCAAGAUCAAGCCUCUGCUAAAGAGUGCAGAGACCGAAAAGGAGAUGGCCCAAAUGAAAGUAGACUUUGAAAAAACCAAGGAGGAUCUCAGCAAGGCUUUAGCCAAGAAGAAGGAACUAGAGGAGAAGAUGGUUUCUCUUCUGCAGGAGAAGAAUGACUUGCAGCUGCAGAUUCAGUCUGAGGGUGAAACCCUUGCUGAUGCUGAGGAAAGGUGUGAGGGGCUCAUCAAAGCCAAAAUCCAGUUGGAGGCUAAAGUCAAGGAGGUGUCUGAGAGGCUGGAGGAUGAGGAGGAGGUGAACGGUGAGUUGACAGCCAAGAAGAGGAAGCUGGAGGAUGAGUGCUCUGAGUUGAAGAAAGACAUCGAUGACAUGGAGCUUACCCUGGCUAAAGUAGAGAAGGAGAAACAUGCCACUGAGAACAAGGUUAAAAACCUGGUUGAGGAGAUGGCCUCUCAAGAUGAGACCAUUGCCAAGUUGUCUAAAGAGAAGAAAUCCCUCCAAGAGGCUCACCAGCAGACAUUGGAUGAUCUUCAAGCAGAGGAAGACAAAGUCAACACUCUGACCAAGGCCAAGAUCAAGUUGGAACAGCAAGUGGAUGAUCUUGAAGGAUCCCUGGAGCAAGAAAAGAAGCUACGCAUGGAUCUUGAGCGAUCAAAAAGGAAGCUGGAAGGAGAUUUGAAGCUGGCCCAUGAAUCCAUAAUGGAUCUAGAAAAUGACAAACAACAAUCUGAUGAGAAAAUCAAGAAGAGGGACUUUGAGAUAAGCCAGCUUCUUGGCAGAAUCGAAGAUGAACAAAUAGUUGGGAUUCAACUUCAUAAGAAAAUAAAAGAAUUGCAAGCUCGUAUUGAGGAGUUGGAGGAAGAGAUUGAAGCUGAGCGUGCUGCUCGAGCCAAGGUGGAGAAGCAGAGGUCUGACCUUGCCAGGGAACUAGAGGAGAUCAGUGAGCGUCUCGAAGAGGCUGGCGGGGCCACAUCCGUUCAGAUCGAGAUGAACAAAAAGCGCGAAGCUGAAUUCCAGAAGAUGCGUCGUGACCUGGAAGAGUCCACCUUGCAACAUGAGGCCACUUCUGCAGCUCUCCGCAAGAAGCAGGCUGACAGCGUGGCAGAACUUGGGGAGCAGAUAGACAACCUUCAGCGUGUCAAGCAGAAGCUGGAGAAGGAGAAGAGUGAAUACAAGAUGGAGAUUGAUGACCUCAGCAGCAACAUGGAAGCCAUUGCCAAAUCCAAAGGAAACUUGGAGAAAAUGUGUCGUUCACUGGAAGAUCAACUAAGUGAAUUCAAGUCCAAGAAUGAAGAGCAAACGCGUCAGUUAAAUGAUAUCAACAUUCAAAGAGCAAGACUGACAACUGAAAAUGGGGAAUUUGGUCGUCAGUUGGAAGAAAAGGAAUCUCUGGUUUCCCAGCUUACAAGGGGCAAACAGGCAUUUAUUCAUCAGAUAGAAGAACUUAAAAGAAGUCUUGAAGAAGAAACAAAGUCCAAGAACGCCCUGGCCCACGCUGUUCAGUCUUCUCGUCAUGACUGUGACCUGCUCAGAGAGCAGUAUGAAGAGGAACAGGAGGCCAAGGCUGAACUGCAGCGAUCCAUGUCCAAGGCCAACAGUGAGGUUGCUCAGUGGAGAACUAAAUACGAAACUGAUGCCAUCCAGCGUACUGAAGAGCUUGAGGAGGCAAAGAAAAAGCUUGCCCAACGUCUCCAGGAUGCAGAGGAGAGCAUUGAGGCUGUGAACGCAAAGUGUGCUUCUCUGGAAAAGACCAAACAGAGGCUUCAGGCUGAAGUGGAAGAUCUGAUGAUUGAUGUGGAGAGAGCCAACGCUCUGGCUGCUAACCUUGACAAGAAGCAGAGAAACUUUGACAAGAUUCUAGCUGAGUGGAAGCAGAAAUAUGAGGAGAGCCAAGCAGAGUUGGAAGGUGCGCUGAAAGAGUCCCGCUCACUCAGCACGGAAAUGUUCAAACUGAAGAACUCCUAUGAAGAAGCUCUAGACCACCUGGAGAACCUGAAGAGGGAGAACAAGAACCUGCAACAGGAAAUCACAGAUUUGACUGAGCACAUUGGUGAGUCAGCAAAGACAAUCCAUGAGUUGGAAAAGGCCAAAAAGAUUGCUGAGAGCGAGAAAUACGAAAUCCAAACAGCUCUUGAGGAAGCAGAGGCCACCUUGGAACACGAAGAAUCAAAGAUCAUUCGCAUUCAGCUUGAACUGACACAAGUCAAGAGUGAGAUCGACAGAAAGCUUGCAGAGAAAGAUGAGGAGAUGGAGCAGAUCAAGAGGAACAGUCUGCGUGUGAUCGAGUCCAUGCAGAGCACCCUGGAUGCUGAGAUCAGGAGUAGGAACGAUGCCCUGAGAGUCAAGAAGAAGAUGGAGGGAGACCUGAAUGAGAUGGAGAUUCAGCUCAGCCAUGCCAACCGACAGGCAGCUGAAGCCCAGAAACAACUGAGAAAUGUUCAAGGACAACUAAAAGAUGCUCAACUGCACCUUGAUGAGUCUCUGAGGGCUUAUGCAGACAUGAAAGAGCAAGUUGCCAUGGUGGAGCGCAGGAACAACCUGAUGCUGGCUGAGAUCGAGGAGCUGAGAGUUGCUCUAGAACAGACGGACAGGAGCCGCAAAGUGGCUGAACAGGAGCUGGUUGAUGCCAGUGAGCGUGUUGGUCUGCUGCACUCGCAGAAUACAAAUCUUAUAAACACAAAGAGGAAGCUGGAGGGAGACCUUGUCCAGAUCCAGGGUGAAGUGGAGGAUGCUGUUCAGGAAGCACGGAAUGCUGAAGAAAAGGCCAAGAAAGCAAUUACUGAUGCUGCCAUGAUGGCAGAGGAGCUAAAGAAGGAGCAGGACACCAGCGCUCACUUGGAGAGGAUGAAGAAAAACCUAGAAGUGACAGUCAAAGACCUGCAGAACCGACUGGAUGAGGCUGAGACUCUGGCUUUGAAGGGGGGCAAGAAGCAGCUUCAGAAACUGGAGGCUCGGGUUCGAGAGCUUGAGUCAGAGGUGGAGGCUGAGCAGAGAAGAGGCGCCGAAGCCAUCAAGGGAGUCCGCAAGUAUGAACGUCGAGUGAAGGAGCUCACUUAUCAGACGGAGGAGGACAAGAAGAAUAUUGUGAGACUCCAGGACCUUGUGGACAAGCUGCAGCUAAAAGUGAAAGCCUACAAGAGGCAAUCAGAGGAAUCUGAAGAGCAGGCCAAUAGCCACCUGUCCAGGUACAGGAAGGUUCAACAUGAGAUGGAGGAAGCUCAGGAGAGAGCUGACAUUGCUGAGUCUCAGGUCAACAAGCUGAGAGCCAAGAGCCGUGACAUUGGCAGGGGAAAGGAUGCCGAAGAAUGAACAGCAGCCACAAUAAGACACUCAUGCAAGAAAUCAUAGAAUAUGAUCUUUUUUGUUUGUAAGUGUCAAUCAAAAUAAAUUGCCCAGCCAUUGGAUGACCUUUGUUUUGCUCGUUUGUUAAUUGGAGACACACUUUCGGUGUUCAUUGUAAUUACCCCAAAUAUGAUGUAUUAGCCUCAAUUCAAACAACACAUCUAGUAU